CUUGAACCUACGUACAGAAGAAAACUAUCCGGUAGGAACGCCUCCUUCCAUGAAUGCAGCUCAAUUGCCCAAUGAGAGAACAGAGCAAGACAGCAGUUCCUGUUUCAGUGGGUAUGUUAGCCUAAACAGCGAGAGGGAUCCUGUCGAAACAAGGCAUUGUGUGUGAGGGUCCCGUCUUCUGAUGCUACCUGGACCUCCACAGAGACCGGGCCUGCUGUGGAAUUCCCACCCCUCAGAAAGAACGACAGCUGGGACAGAGAACAGACAGCAACGUCCACAUGCAGGAGAAAUAAUAGCUUGGAAGUUCAUAGAGGUGGACUGGAAGAGAAGGGACAGUCCUGAAUGUGUAGUACAGUAGAAGCACCAUCUUUGUCAGAGAGUAACAGGGUGAUAGCUGCUUUUCUGUAAUGUCCAUCCACAUCCACCUGGGCAAGAUUGAAUCAGUGUUGUCAACCCAGUGCCACGUCUCAAUUGUUGCUCAGUAAACAUGAGUGUGGUAUCUCUACCCAAAGGAAAGUCGGCCAGUAACCCCAUGCACUGGAAACGGCAUCAUGCAAUGUGAUUGGUUUUGUUACAAACGCUAAAGAAUUUGAGAGGCAGCAUUCACUAAAACGGUGAUUUGCAUCAUUUGGAGAGAGCAAAUCUAAAGUAUUUUUAUUUAUUUUUUACCUUGGAAGUUAACAGUUUACAACCGUUAGAUUUUUGCUCCAAGAGAUUGGUUUGAUUACCUCUGGAAUCAUGGGUGCCACUGGUUAUGGAUACUAUCGUAUGGUUAUCUUCUUCUCCAUGUUUACUGGCUACUCCCUGUACUACUUCAACAGGAAGACCUUCUCUUUUGUCAUGCCCUCUGUGAUGGAGGAGAUUAAACUGGACAAGGAUGACUUGGGCCUGAUCACCAGUAGUCAGACCAUGGCCUAUGCCAUCAGUAAGUUCAUCAGUGGUGUAUUGUCCGACCAGAUCAGCGCUCGCUGGCUCUUCUCCAUUGGCCUCUUGGUGGUGGGGGGCAUCAACGUGAUCUUCUCAUGGUCUUCCACUGUGACUGUGUUUUCUGCUCUGUGGUUUGUCAACGGUCUGGGCCAGGGCUUAGGCUGGCCACCAUGUGGGAAGGUGCUGCGCAAGUGGUUUGAGCCGUCUCAGUUUGGGACAUGGUGGGCAGUGCUGUCCUGCAGCAUGAACCUGGCCGGUGGAUUGGGUCCUCUCCUGGCUAUGGUAUUGCUUCAGUACUACGACUGGAGGACUAUCCUGUCCAUGUCAGGCAUCAUCUGUGCAUCCUUUUCUGUCAUCUGCCUGGUGUUUAUAAAGAACGAACCCAAAGACGUGGGCCUGCCCAGCAUUGAGGCCUCAGCCAAGAAAGGAGUAGCCAACUGUGACAGUACUCUGAGUGAGUUCCUGCUGUCUCCAUACCUGUGGGUGCUGUCCCUAGGCUACCUGGUAGUGUUCGGGGUGAAGACGGCAUGCACUGACUGGGGCCAGCUCUAUCUCAUUCAGGAUAAGGGCCAGACUGUCCUCAUAGGCAGUUCCUACAUGAGUGCCUUGGAGGUUGGAGGUCUGGUGGGCAGCCUCGCAGCUGGCUUCCUGUCUGACAGGGCUGUUGCUAGGCAAGGUUUGGGUACCCAUGGUAACCCUCGCCAUGUCCUCCUCCUCUCCAUGAUGGCUGGCAUGUUUUUGUCCCUAUACCUGUUCCGUGUCACUAUCACAGCUGAGGCCCUAAAGGAAGCUCCCGUCUGGGUAGUGGCCCUUCAUCCUCUCUCUGUCCUUAUUGGCCUGUCAGAGAAAGAGAUCUGGAUACUUUCCCUGGGUGCUAUGUUUGGAUUCUCCUCUUAUGGACCCAUCGCAUUGUUUGGUGUGAUAGCCAAUGAAAGUGCUCCAGCAAACUAUUGUGGGUCCUCCCAUGCCAUCGUAGCUCUCAUGGCCAAUGUUGGGGCUUUCUUUGCGGGACUCCCCUUCAGCACUAUCGCUAAAUACUACAGCUGGGACAUGGCCUUCUGGGUAGCUGAAGUGACCAUUGCCGUGACGACAGUGAUCUUCUUUCUGUUCCGUAACAUUCGCACCAAAAUGGGCCACAUCCCCCAGAAAAUUGAUUGAUUGAUUGAUUUCUGCAUCUCCUGAGCUAUGCACAGGUUCCUGCUGUGUGACUGGGUGAAUAUUCUACAGCAAGGGUUGUUGGACUGGCUGCACAUUACAUAGCCCCUAAAGUACACCUCCUAUCCCUGGAAACACAACACUGUGUCAAAGUGAUCUCACCUGGAGACGUUUUAGAUGUUAGCAACCAUGUUUUCUAAAAGGAUACUUUGCUACACUUUAGUUUGUCAUUUAAUACACCGUCAAACUCCUCACAAGCCGUACAGUUCUAAGCACCUAUGGAAUCUACACCUUCGGCAUCCACUCACAGUAAUGACUUCCAAAAGUAUAGUAUAUCAUGUAGGCCUAAGUCCUAAAUUUAGAAUAAUCUGUUCUCUUACCACUUAUUUAGUCGGUAUAAUAACCAAUAUUAUUUGAAGCAUGUUGUUGAUACACAGUGACUCUGCUGUCCAUUGCAUAGAUUGCCUUCAGUGGAUGCCAAAUGUCUUGAAGUUCCCGAAUGCUUCAUUGAUGAGCCAGCAUUAAAACUAUGUAUGUAUAGAAAUUUGCACAAAACGGUAAUGUUUGACGAUCACAGUAGUAUUUCCCUUUCACUAAUUCUUCAUUUAUAAAAUAAUGUUCAGUCAGGAAAAUAGAUACUUUACGACAAACACGACAUCUAUGUUUGAUGACAUACUGGCUUUACUAAAUGGACUUUUAAAGUUUAGAGAUCUUAGCUAGUUGUCUAUGAAAAUAUUUAAAUGCAUCAACCUAGAAGGGAUAGUUCAGGAUUUUGGCAUUGAGGCCCUUUAUCUACUUCCCCAGAGUCAGAUGAACAUUUUCAUGUAUCUACGUGCAGUUUGAAGGAAAUUGCUAACUUAAGGUGAUGUAGCUGUGUGAAAAAAUGUAUAAUCAAUGGGGGUGAAAAAUAUUUAGGCUAACUAUAAUUUUUUUCUCGCUAUUGUUGUUUCAAAUACUGUUAUUAUUACACAGAAAUUGAUUUCCCCUACACAUUUUUCAACAUACAGUGGGGCAAAAAAGUACUUAGUCAGCCAACAAUUGUGCAAGUUAU